CAAUUUCGUGGCCCGUAACUGUCCCUGCUAUCAAACCAUGCCUUCUGGUCUUUGCUUCACAUUGACUUCUUUCAUCACGCAAUGACGCCUACAUCUCACAACCUCUUCCUCAUCUUGGAACUCUUUGUAGUUCUAGCGGGCUGUAUAAGCCUCGACUACAGCGGCGAAGCGCUUACGACACGGUAUUGGGAUUGUUGCAAGCCAUCUUGCGGAUGGAAGGGCAAAGCAUCGGUGAACAACCCAGUGGGCUCCUGCACAGCGGACGAGAAACCGAUCAGUCUUGAUGCUGGAACCGGAUGUAAAGGCGGUACUGCGUUCGCCUGUUCCAAACAGCAACCUUGGGCCAUCAAUGACACUCUCUCGUACGGGUUUGCUGGCGUCUAUCUCACCCAAGAAAUCGUAGGCGGCGCAACCGAGGAUGCUUGGUGUUGCGCAUGUUACCAACUGGAUUUCACUAGUGAACCACUGAGAGGAAAAAGCAUGAUCGUGCAAGCAUCGAACACUGCCUACGACAUCAACACAGCAAACCGGUUCACAUUAGCGAUACCAGGUGGGAACACAACUUCGGUGGAUGGCUGCGCGACACAAUAUGGCAUAUCUCAAUCCGUAUUUGGUCAAGACCGUCAAGGCGUCGCCACAAAAGACGACUGCCAGAAUCUUCCAGAGUCUUUACGAUCCGCCUGUCAAUGGCGUUUCGAUUGGCUAGAAGACGCCUCAUAUCCCAGCGCAAACUUCAAACGAGUUGUCUGCCCAAGCGAGAUUACAGCAAAGACGGGCUGUGUCCGCAAUGAUGACAGUACUUUUGCUGAACAGACGUCCGGGAACGCAACACAAGCGAAACCCUCGUUAGCACACAUGACGCGGGCAACACUCGGCGUGGCCGUUUCUGCCGCCGGCUUAGCAGCUUUGCUCACGAUAUGACCUUGACGAUCCUGCACCCCAGUCUCUCCGGACCGCGUACGAUCAACCACGUUUUGUACCCCUGCAUUCCGCAUAUUGCAACCAGGUCUCGACUGUCACCUGUUGAAACGCAUGCCCCAUUUGUCAAUCACAACCGCCUUCAUACCCGACGUUGGUACGAAUGCCUUCUAAAGUGUGAUCUUUUCAGAUGCUGGCAAUUUCCAGAACUUCAAAACUUAGGACCUCUCAUUGUCGAGAAC